ACGUUACCGGGCUUGCUGGUGUACGGUUGGAGCUGGAAUCCGUUGAAUUCGAAGUUGAAUUCAAAGCUGUUCGCCGUUACCAAGAGAGCUCAAAUUCAGGUCAUCGGUCAAUGAGAUAUUAGAGAACAUCUCCAAAUUUAAAAUGGCAUCAGCGAGAAUCGGUCAAAUGCACGGGAGCCCCAAGACGCUGCAUCAGGCGAGUUCAGAGGUCACCAAGAUUCACAGACCAGCUUCAUUAGUGGCACCACACAUGGUGUCAUCGUCGCUGACCUCUCAACCAGGGGUCAAGUCCAGACACACGCGUGGACAUAGCCUUGGUCAAAUCUCUUCACCUGUAGGAUAUCCUCCUGGGAUGGGAAGGGAUUUCCGAGGAGCUGGGAGCCACAGCGGAGUCGCCUGGAUGGGACCGCAGUAUGCUCGCAGUAGCCACAGCCUAGGACACCAGCCUUCCAAACAUAGCAAACAGCCCGCGGGCAAUGCCCCGAACAGGACAGCCAAGAAUAAAACACAGGAGAAGUCUAAGCAUAAGACCGUAGUUGAUGGUGCCAUGGAAGCUGGAUGCAAGGAGCAUAGUUUCAUCACCAAUGCGUCGGAUAUAAGACAGAUGCAGAAUGGUCUUCUGAACCUCCUGGAGGAAUUCAACUCUGGCAAGCUACAGGCCUUUGAUGAGAACUGUUCAUAUGAGAAGAUGAGCAAUGUUAGAGACCUACAGGAAAAGCUGGCUAGACUCCAUUUUGAGAUGGAUGAUCAGUUACAAGCUCAAGGUGUUGGAAGCAAAGAAGCCAUCACAUUGGCCAAUCAGAAUAUGGAUCAUUUAUUAUCAAACCUGGACCAAUUGAGUAUUGCAGUACGUAGCUUACAUCCUGCAGGCGAAAACAGCGUGUUUCCACCGGAACCAAGGAUGUGAAGAAAAUUCAUCGCCAAUCCAUCUCAUCCAUUUUCUUUCUGAACCAUCGUCCAUCCCAUCGAUGAAGACUUCGAAAUCCAUCGCAAGAGAGAUUGAAUGGUGUUC